UGUAUUCAGCUCAAUACUGAUGAUAGGACAACCCUUAACAGGAUGAAUAGGGCUAGAAUGGGAUAUAAAAUAUCCUAAUUAUAUUCAAGGUCUUCAACAGGAGAAAGGAGCUACUUAAGCUGUAUAGUUUUAUUUGGAUCACAAAGUUGCAACUUCUGGUUUCUAAGGAGAACUUUGUCUGAUGUGCGUACCUGCGAUAAAGGAAACGGUGGAUACUACGUACACCGCGAAAUACGUUGUUUGCGGCACCAAGUAACAUCCGUGGCCGCGAUAAGAACUAGUUACCGUAAUAAAAGGCGCAGGCAUUGUCAACCAGUGCGUUUUGGCUGUUUCAGCGUGUAAUCCAGUAUUCACAUCGCUGCUGGCAUUUUGAAUAAACCCUAUUCCACAUUGGCUAUAUCUUAAACAGGAGAUUUCGAGUUGCUGCAAUGGCAUACAAGUGACACUGAAGAGUGCUUGUCGUAUAUUCGCGACAUCCACGAAAAGCACUAUGCUCGCACAGAGACUUCUUUCGGUUCUUACGAAUUCACUGGCGCGCGGCAUCCACAGCACGAAUCUGCUGCCUUACACUAAAGAACAACAAUGUCAGGUGUUGGACGUGCUUAACAAAUCAUCCGAAGCGGAGCUGAGAAAGCUACUGGCGCCAUCGCUUUCCUUGCGGGUAGUUCAUGAACGCGAUUUGAAGGGUCCAUUUAGUACUCUGGAAUCAGUCUUUAGCCUUAAAGGUGUUAAAUCGAAUUCCCUUCUAAAGUUCUGCGACUAUGUGCUCUAUAACAAAAAAGAAAACAAACCCUCAGCAAAGCAUUCGGCUUUGAACCCCACGAUUUCAAGUAAACGGAUAAUGUCCUUGAAUAGGAUAGCCGCUGUAGACGUAUGUCUUCCAUAUGUCACAUACGCUGUGAUGGACCGCCAUCGAACGUUGCACGAAGUUCAGCAAUAUAUCGUGGAAGAAAAAAAUCUGAGUCGUCCGUCAAUACCGGCUUUGUAUACAGUAGCCACAGAAAUAUAUUCGAAACUCGCUCAACAAGCAGAUAUCUACAUUUUUGACCAGCCUUAUACAAACCUGCAGAACAUGUCGGGGUCGAAAAUGGCAAAACAGUUGCUGGAAAGCAUGUUGUUCACCAUGCUUAAUUUUUGCGAGCCUGAUCAACCCAAGGUGUUUCAGCUGAAGCAAUAUACUGUGGCAAAGAUGUUUUCCUUGAAACUCGGUUCUGAGCAGAUAGCGUGUGAGCCUGCGUUGUGGUCGUGUAUUCAACAGGGGGAAAUUGUCGUACCAUCAUAUAUCAUGCAACGGUUGCAUAAAGAACCUAAUAUCACCAAGGAAUUCUUUGGCCUAACAAUAUUAAAAUGUCUCGCUGUCCAUCGGCUGUUCCAACAGUGAUAAACAAUUGUUUCUAGCUUUGGGAGUCAGCUGAAGAUGUUCUUCAAGGGAACUUAUAGGUGAUAAAUGAACGAUUACAAACAUCUGGAUGUGUAUUAAUUGAGUGCCAAAAGCAAUUUGAAUGAUUUUUUCUUAUCCCAGGCAUUGCAGUUGUAGAAAGCGUUUCACCAAUAAUUGUUUAUCAAGCAUAUUUGUUAAGUGUAGAAAUAGUAUUUAUGAUGGAUAGGGGCGAAUCUUGCACGAUCAGAGUUUCGCUUUAAGAUUAGCAAAACAACAGAGAUCAGAAAAUUUUCUGUUAAAGGCGUAAGAGCUGUUCAUUGCCCUUGCACGGUGCUAUAACAUAUGCGCUAUGCAAUAACGCUAAAAAGCUGUGUAGUCAAAUGUUAAGUGGAAGCACGACGCCGUCUCUAUCCGUACCUAGUUUUGUGGAUUGGAGAAUGAUAAUUAAAAACAGGCAUUGCCAAAAUGUCUUUACAGUAAUAUAUUCGGUAAUUUAAGAAUACUUUUUAAGUUAAACUUUGCUUUACACGCCCCUUUUGUCAAAUGUAUUCUGAGCAAACUUUACACCAUAAUUCAGUCAUUUAUUAAAUAAAUAGACCGUUUAAUCUUACGCAAACAGAGACUUUGCUUUCCAAAUUUCGCGAAUUUAUUCAAUAAUAUGCAUGAUAUAUAUAUAUAUACAUACGCAUCAUUAGUGCCUAUCAGGAUGUUGUUGGGCCAUGUUCGACCAUAUAAACUUGUCGAUUAUUCAAUAUUUUUUAGUCUCCUAUAUGCAUUUCACAUUGGCUUAACACGUGUGAUAAAAAAAUCUUGCUUAUGGCCUCGUUUGGCAUAAAUUCUGUGUUGCUUAGCAAAAACUGUACUGUACAUCUGCUGGAUAUUUCUUUCAUAUUCCGCAUUUGGUAACAUCGAGUGAAAAACUUUUUUUGGUUACAGGAUUUCAAUGUAUUACAUUGAUGAUUGACUAUUAAAGAUUCAUGAUCUGAAAAAUGCAAAAAUAUAUGCACACUGAUUAGUGGUAGGAUAGUGGACCACUUGCUUACAUUUAAAAUUAUCAAGAUUCGAGCGUAUGGCUGAUUUAAAGCGCCAAAAUAAACUUCUAUUUUUGUUGUCAUCAUGUGUAUAUAUAUAUAUAUAGAGCAAGAGAGAAAGAGAGAAAUCUUUUUUGUUCCUUGAUCGUGCGUGCUCUAAUGGCUGCAAUUGCUUUUGCUAUUCAUCGAAGUUGCUGUGCUGGCCUUAAGUGGACUAAUCGUUUUUAAUAGAGAAACGCGCUCCUUUUAGAUACCGACGACAUGACGUACGAUAUUUGAGUAGCUCGAGGGUAGCCGACAAGGCAUCUUUUUCAACAGUCAAGCCAAUACUAUUCAAACCGUGUAUAUCUAUUGAUAGUUCUAUAUGAUAUCGUAAAACUUAUUAUGUAUAGCACUUG